AUGAUGAAGCUUUUCACCCUCCUGUUUUCAUCCCUCCUCGGCCUCCUCGUCGCCGCCCAGAAUGACGAUAACACACAGAAACAAGUCACCAUCCUGGCCGGCGGCCAAGGCUACGCCUACCACGGCUGCUACACCGAAACAACCGAUCUCUUCGUCAACACCACCUCCCGCCGCGCCCUCGACGGCGGCAGCAACAGCGUGCAGCCCGACAUCAUGACGGUCGAAAAGUGCUGGGAGUUCUGCGGCAAGGGGUCGUAUAAAUACGCCGGGUUGGAGUACUCCAGAGAAUGCUGGUGCUCCCAAACCCUGUCAACCCUCUCCACGAAGGUCUCCGACAAGGAAUGCGACCUCCCCUGCGACGGCAACAGCACCCAGUCCUGCGGCGGGAGCCUCAAGUUGACCCUUUAUAUCACCAGUGCAGCCGCCAGUCUUGCCGGGGGUCUCUCAUUGUUGGUAACGUUCGGAGCAGUGGGGAUGAUGGUGUUUGCUUCUGUCUUCUAA